AUGUUUUGUUGCAUACACAUAAAUGCUGAUCAGCAACCUCUACAAUGCAUUCUGUGGAGGGAGGAGCCUCACCAUGAGCUUCAAACUUUCAAACUAACAACACUCAGCUUUGGACUGAAACCUGCGCCGCACAUUGCAACACGCUGCUUACUGCACUUGGCACAAGAAACUCGCACUGCUUUGCAACAACUUCCAGAUGCAGCACGAUCGUCAGCCGAGUUGUCGGUGGCAGCCGCAGCGGCCGCAGCGAUCGAGGAGCAUUUCUACGCUGAUGACUUACUUCUCUCAGGUGACGAUGAGCACAGGAUCGCGCAGGUCGCCCUGGAGGUAGACAGAGUCCUGCGCACAGCUAACUUUCAUCUACCUCCACACAAGCAUAUGGGGCAGCCAUAUAUGUGCUUACAACCAAUGCACAAGGCCAAACUCUAUCUCAUCUCUAUCGAAUUGAGUGCGGCGUUAUUGUUGGCAGUCAAUAUGAAAGAUAUGCAGUCAGCACUCAAAGUAUCUAUAGACGACAUUCAGUACUGGUCCGACUCUACCAUCACUUUAGCGUGGAUAAACACAGAACCUCAUAAGCUCAAUAGAUUUGUAGCCAACAGAGUUACCAGGAUUCAAGCUCUAACAGACCAGUCUAAAUGGCGUUGGGUUCCUAGUAACGAAAACCCUGCAGAUUUGCUUUCAAGGGGAGUUUUACCAGACAAAUUGGUUAAUUGCACAUCUACCUUCUAA